UGGGCGGGCUCGGCUUCGGGCCUGGCCCUCUUGGCGCGCUUCUUCUUCCUGGGCCAAGUUGCAUCUGGGGACCUCGCCUUUCUCCACUUCGCCGGGCGACAUGGCCAGCGACCGGGAGAGCCAGCGCCGCCGCCCGUCGCCGGACCCCGUGGCGGUGCUGCGGGGGCACCGCGCAGCCGUCAGCGACGCCUGCUUCCACCCCGACCUCCCGCUCCUCUUCUCCGGCGCGGCCGACGGGGAGCUCAGGGUCUGGGACACAGCGAGCCACCGUACCGUCUCCUCCAUCUGGGCUCACGGCGGCGCGGCUGGGGUGUAUUCCAUCGCUGCAGGCUCCGGACUUGGGAACGCGAUCAUUAGCCAGGGCAGGGAUGGUUUGUGCAAAGGCUGGGUGAUUGAAGAAGCUGGGCUCUCAAGGAGGCCCAUAUUUACAAUUAAAACAAGUACAUACCAUUUCUGUAAGAUGUCACUGGUUAAGGUUCCAUGUUCUGCACAUGGCACACAAACUAAGUUGAAUGGCUCAAAUAUUGGCCCUGAGCCGCAAAGAGUACCUAUUGAAGAUAAUACAGGAUCAGAUGUUUUAAAUCCUGCAGAAGGAACACAAGAAUAUGAUCAAGGCAGUUCCUUGGAUGGACAAAAUAUAUUGACAAUCGCUGGUCAAGAAUCGUCUGAGGUUGAACUAUGGGACAUUAAAAAUUCAACAAAGAUAAUGUGUUUGCCCAAAAGAUGCAGUGCUAAUAUGACAGGUCACCCUACCAAGCAAAAAGGUCUAUGCAUGGCUGUGCAAGCUUUCAUCCCAUGUGAAUCUGGAGGCUAUGUUAAUAUUUUAUCAAGUUAUGAAGAUGGAAGCACUCUUUGGUGGGAUGUACGAAAGCCUGGGUCACCCUUAUCUUCAGUGAAAUAUCAUUCGGAAUCAGCUUUAUCCAUUGCUAUUGACGGUUUAUGCACCGGUGGGAUCUCAGGAGGUGCUGAUAAUAAAAUAGCCAUGUUUUCCCUUGAUCAUCAGAAGGGCAUGUUUUCUCUCAGGAAUGAAAUAGAAAGUGAGAGACCUGGUAUAGCGGGUACAGCGAUUCGGCCAGACAACAAGAUUGCAGCAACUGCUGGUUGGGAUCACAGGCGAUCACAACUUUUAUCUGGGGAGCCGGCAAGCUUUGAGAGGAAGGGGAUGGAGCCAGAGGCUAAGCUUCGAGUGUAUAACUACAAUAAAGGAAAUGCUCUGGCCAUUCUAAAGUAUCACAGCGCUACGUGUGCCGCGGUGGCUUUCUCACAUGACUGCAAAUUGUUGGCCUCUUGCUCGGCGGACACCACGGUUGCGUUAUGGGAGCUGUAUCCCCCGAAAACACCCAGCAAAAUUGACAUCACAACCGAGGAGGCUGAGAAAUAGAAUGUGAUCAUGGUGUCAUAUGGUCAUGAUGUUUGUAACUUGGUGAAAAAUCAUAUAUGUUGGCUUCAAAUGGAUUGAUAAAGAAAUUUCCAUACAUGUUGAGGACAUAGUAAACAGUGAAAUGUGUGUGGGAAGAAAGGGAACGUUCAUCGGUCAUCUGUAACUUAACCUAGUUAUUGUAAUAUAGUGUUGCUUUGCUCAAAAACUUAUAUCCCAGCCUCCGAAUUGCUCAUAUAUUUUUCACGAAAUCCAAGUUUGUAGAACUAAACUGUUAUAAGAUGAUCAUUGCCUGGCAAGAUAAUUUUUGGUUUGAA